CAACAACACCAUGCACCAAUAUCACUCAGCCAGUUUAUCAAUUCAUUAGUUCGAAGCAAAAGCAAAAGCAAAAAAUAGAGAAAGAUGCAGUAUCAAGCAGAGUCAUGGAGUAGUAAUGGGUACUACAUGGUACCACUGAUGAUGGGUACAGACCCAAUUGAAAGAGUGGUGAGAUUAGCAUCAGAAAGUGCAGUUGUGAUAUUCAGUAUCAGUAGUUGCUGCAUGUGCCAUGCUGUUAAGAGAUUGUUCUGCGGGAUGGGUGUUAAUCCGACUGUUUAUGAGCUUGAUCAAGACCCAAGAGGGAAAGAGAUUGAAAGAGCUUUAAUGAGGUUACUUGGGAAUUAUUCAAGCGUAGUUCCUGUUGUUUUCAUUGGCGGUAAACUUAUUGGCGCCAUGGAUAGAGUUAUGGCUUCCCAUAUUAAUGGAACUCUUGUUCCUCUUCUUAAGGAAGCUGGUGCUCUUUGGCUUUGAUUGUCAUAUGACAUUGUUUUUAAUUUCUCAUGAAUAUCUAACUUUUCUUUUUCUUUUCAUUUUCAAAAGAAAAAGGGUUCAUAUAUAAGUUAUGUUGUUAAUUUUAGUUUCUGAUGAUGUUGCUCACUGUAGGAUUAUCAGAGGUUAUUAUUAUGAUAUGAGAUAAUAUAUGAACUGAGCUUCUAACUUCUGUACUGGAUGUUUUCUUGAAGUAAUAUAAUCCAUACUUUCAUUUCCUA